CAUGGACGAAAAACUUUCACAAUUAAAACUUUAAGUUGAUUAAUUAACUGAAGAGGCAGAAUAUGAUUUUUAAAAAGGAGAACAUUAUAAACCUUAAGUUACAUCAAUUAUUAAAUAAAUUGAUUCCUUUAUUGAAAAUGAAGAUUUAGAAAGUAAUUUGAAUAUUUUAUAUUUUUAGUCUCAAAGAAACAUAAAAUAGAGCUAUAUUUUUUAAAAGGUAAAGCCUCUGAUAUUCUACCAGAAUAUUCCAAAUUUGCUGAAGAAGCUCUUACAAAAGCAGUAAAAAUUAAUUCAAAAUCAUAUUUAGAUGAAAUUAAAUCCUUUUCACAUAGAUAGCUUAAAUACUCUUGGACAUAUAUUAUGGAAGAAAAAAGAUUUUCUUGCAGCUAAAUAAUGUUUUGAAACUGCUAUUGAAAAAGAUCCAAAUAAUAUAAAAUCAUUAUAAUACUUAUCAAUUGUUUUGAGACAAGUUGGAGAUCAAAAGGAUAAGAGUGCAAAUGUGACUAAAUCAUUAGAAAUAGCUAAGAAAGCUUUAACUUUUGAUUUAAAAAAUGCUCAAUCUUGGUAUUUAGUUGGAAAUGCUUAUCUUUCUGAUUAUUUUAUGAAUCCAAAGAAAAAUAAUAAUGAAUUAAAUCUUGCUUUAUCUGCAUACAAUUAAUCAGAAAAGAAUUAAACUAGAGAAAAUCCUGAUUUAUACUUCAAUAGAGGAAAUGUAAUAUUAUAUUAUAAUAAUCGUAGAUUCAUUGUUAUUUUGAAGAUUAUCAAUUAGCCUUCAAUGAUUAUUAAAAAGCAAAUAAGAUAGAUUAAUCUUUAACAAAUGAUACAUUAAAAGAAGUCUAAUAGAAAGUACUAAAAGUACAUGAUUUGGUAACUAAUAAAUGCAGGAUAACAUAAAAGAAGCUAUCAAACAUUGUCAAAUAAAUUCCUAUAGGAUUAAGAGAAUAGCCAAAAGGAUUUGAUAAACCACUAUAAAUGUGUACUAUAGGAGAUCUUAAAGAUGGGAUAAAUAAAGGAUUUAUUUUAGCUAGUAAAAGUUUGGUAAGUUAUACACAAUAAAAUACUGUGCCAGCUGGAUUUGUGAUAGUUGAUAGUAAAUUAAAUUUUGCUAGUUUAUCAAUUUAUAAUGCUUCAUAAGAAAUUUAUGAGAAAAUUAGAGAAUUAACUGAUGUGUUUAUAAUUGAACCAGAAGUAAAGACUAUUAAUUGUGAGAUAGAUGGAAAAGUAUAAAUUAUAGAGAUUAUUAUAGCAAAUAUCUUAUAUGUGUAUAUAGGUAAAAGAUGCCAAUAAGAUUUAUGUUGAGAAUGAAAAAAUAGUGAACUAACUAGCACAUUCAAUGGUUGUUAAUUAAACAUUUGAGAAAUGA